AGUGAAAGAGAGGAGGCCCUAACUGCGUGUACCUGACACUAGCAGUAGCAGUAGCAGACUCCCCUCACACUCAGCGUGUUAGGGUUAGGGUUAGGGUUUUCUUCAUUAUUCUUCUUCUUUUAAAGAAAUUCCAAUGGACCUGACCAAGAAGCGAAAGCUCGACGAAAAUGGCGUCGGUCUGACCGUCUCGGACAUGGACCCCUCCGUCCCGAAACUCACACCUGAAGACGUGCGUAAGAUCGUGGACCGCAUCGUCGACAAGGGUAAACUCAUCGACAUCGUAGCCAACGCCGCCUCUCGCCACGUGGACGUCCUUGACGCCGUCCGAUCUCUCGCCGACUCCGACUCUUCCCAGCGCAAGCUCUUCAUCCGUGGCCUGGGUUGGGAUACCACCACCGAAGGCCUCCGCAGCCUCUUCUCUUCCUACGGAGAACUCGAGGAAGCCGUAGUAAUUCUCGACAAGCAGACUGGAAAAUCCAAGGGUUACGGCUUCGUCACCUUCAAGCACGUCGACGGCGCGCUCCUCGCCCUCAAAGAGCCCAGCAAACGCAUCGACGGCCGCGUCACCGUCACACAGCUCGCCGCCGCCGGGAAUUCCUCGUCGACUACCAACUCCACCGACGUGUCGUCACGCAAGAUCUACGUUUGGGAGGUUCCACACGAUAUGUCUCCUGAUAAGCUUCUUUCUCAUUUCUUGUCCUAUGGGGAGAUCGAGGAAGGCCCGUUGGGGUUCGAUAGAUUUACAGGUAAGUCGAAGGGUUUUGCGCUUUUUGUUUACAAGAAUCCUGAGGGGGCACAGGCUGCGUUGGCUAAUCCUCUUAAGAUUAUUGAUGGGAAGCAAUUGAAUUGCAAACUGGCUAAUGUGGAUGGCAAGAAAGGGAAGCAAGGUGAUGGGGUUCAGGUUCCGGGCCCUAUUGGUGGGGCUGCUGGGAAUGAUGGUAUUGGUGGUAUGGGGAUGGGUUCCAUUCCCGGGUCGCAGUAUCCUGGGCCGGGCGGAAUUGGAUCGUAUGGUGGGUUUCACGGUGGGCCGCCGCAGCCUAUAGGACAUCAUCAUCAUCCAUCCUCCGUGAAUAAUCAGGUGCCUUCGUCUUUGGGUGGCACUGGUGGGUAUGGUGGGCCGUAUAGUGGGUAUGGUGGCAUUGGUGGGACUGGUGCUGGAUUGGGUGGAGCUGGAGUGGGAUUAAGUGGCACCGGAGGCGGCUCUGGUGGCGUUGGUGCUGGUGUUGGUGUUGGUGUUGGUGGGGCUUCUUCUUUGUAUAGAUUGCCGCCUACUUCGGUGGGAAUUCCCUCUGGUGGGUAUCCAGAGAGUGGGCAUUAUAGCUUGUCUUCCUCAUCUGGGUAUCAGAAUCAGCACCACCAGCCAGGGACUGGGACCUCACCAGUACCAAGGGUUCCACCUGGUGCUGGGGUAAUGUACCCCAAUGUCCCACAUUACUUCUGAGGAAAGACAUAUGAGCUGUUUCUUUUAGUGGUGCUCCAAAAAGGUGUAUGACAGCUUAUUGGGCGCUGAUGCUUUAUGUGGUUCUGGUGAUUGCGUGAUUGCAGAGUGUGAUGAAUGUAUUAGCUGUUCCUUUACAGCCCCUUCGUCUGCACCUUUUAUAAUGUUCUGUUUUUCUGAGUGCUUGUAGUCAAAGCAACUGAGUUAGACUAGUUCUGUACUUCUAUCAGGACCCAAUGUGCCAUCUGGGCUAUUUUUAAUAAUAUAGUUUUAGUAAUACAAUUAUUGACAUUA